AUGGCCGGUGCGGCCUCCCCGCGGCCCCUCCGCGGACAGUCCUUCUACCUGGACCUGCCGAGCGGCCGCAGCGCCCGGCAGCUGGCGGAGGCCAUCGGGCGGCUCGGGGGGGUGACUGAAAGCUUCCUCAGCAAAGAAGUCACCUGCGUGGUGUCCAGCAACAGAGAGGCCAAGCGGGGCCAGGCCAGGGCUCGGGAGGAGAAGCAGAACAGCCCAGCUGCAGAAGGCACAAAAUCCACGAGCUCAGUGCCUGCUGCCCCCAAAGGCACCCCAGCCAGACCUCGCCAGAAGCCACCAUCCACUGCGCUGCUGAGCCGGGGAAAGGAGCUGCUGAACAAGGCCAUGAAGAACCAGGACUCCUGCAGUGGCAGCAGCAUCCUCGCCAACGCUCGCCUGUGGGGAGUCCAGAUCCUGCAUGUGGAUGAAAUGUUGUCCUAUGCCCAGCAGCUGCUGAGAGCCAUCUCGGGAGCAAGGAAGCAGUGCCAGAAGACAGAGGUGAAAUGCCCUGCCUCCAAAUCCAAAAUUCACAAAGGAAAAUUGAAGCCCCCUUUUCUGAAAGUUGAAGACCAGAGCAGGCAAUUCCGGCCCUUCCACCACCAGUUCCAAAGCUUUCCUGACCUCAACUUCCUGGCACCCAAAAGCUCCAGCCCAUUUGAGCCUCUGAAAAGCUUCUCCAUUUCCUGCCAAGCCAGGGGUGCUGAAGGCUGUGCCCUGCACAGCGCCGGGGGGAAGAGCCCCCGCUCCACACACGUCACCGUGCCCAGGAAAAGGAGGGGGUUUUGUGAGUGCUGCCAAGAGACCUUUGAAGAGCUGCAGAAGCAUCUCCACAGCGCCCAGCACCAGAGGUUUGCUCAGGACAGCUCCCAGUACAUCCCUGUGGACCGUGUCAUCUCCCAGCUCACCAACAGCUUCGUGGAGUGGUCAGCCAAGGUGCCCUGGUCCUGCCUGGCAGAUGAACGUGUAGUGCCUCAAGCACACAGCGCUGGAGGAAUGCAGCUGCUGCCAGCAGAGCUGGGAAAGGAAGGGGAGCAGCCUGAGCAGGGUGCUGUGGAACUGGUAAUGGAUACAGAACUGGAUCAUGGCCUGAAGAGCCAGGGACAUUCCCCCUGCCUGCCCAGAGACAGGAUCAGAGAUCCCAGAGGAGGAGGGGGCUUGCCAAAGCACAGCUCCCUGCAGCUGCCAAGGGGAGCAGGGCUCAGCAGAGGGGUCUAUGCUGCCCCUGGUACCAUUGGGGAGGCUGGGCUGGGGGCUUCAGGUUUAGGCUUGGCUCCUGAGCUGGGCUGGGGGCCUCGUGCAGCACCCACUCCUGUCAGAGAGGCAAUGGCUUCUUCAUCUGAACCUCAUACACAGCCUGGCUCUGUCAGCCACCCUCCCCAAGCACAGCCUGCCUCCAGGAAGCGCCAGCUGUGCUCCAGACAGAGCUCCCCGGUGGGAAAGAGGCCCAGGCUGGAGCUGGGGUUGGGCCUCUCCCCUCUGGGUGAGCAGAUGGAGCCGGUGGGUGGUGGGAUGGGGGCACAGGGUGCAGGGCAGGUGUCUGAGCCAGCCCUGCCUGCUGUGCUGGGGGCUGGCAGCCUGCCCCUGGGCACAGAGCUCUCCAGCAGACCUCACAGCUCCCUUGCUGUGGAUGUGUGCCUGUGUGAGAGCCCUGGGGACCCUGCAUCCCAGCCAGGAUCCCUGGGAGCUGUGGCUGCAGGUUUGGAUGCUGGGGAGGCAGCUGCAGCCAGCACUGUCAGCGAGUGUGGCUGGAGCAGGGAGAGACCCCAGGGGAGGCAGUGCAGAGGGGACAGUGACAACACACCCAGCGAUGGGAGCAGGACCAGCUGCCCUGCUGGCUGCCUGCCCUCUCCCACACUGCCUGUGGCUGCAGCCAGAUGUUGCUGCUCACUCCGUGUCAGGGCAGCAGAAGCGGCCCCAGGAGCUCCCGACGUGCCCAGGCAGGGCACAGAGCGGGCACAGAGCCCAGGGGCUGCUCACACCUCCAGCAGGAGCUCCUCGGGGUCAGACUGGGAUGUGCAGCUGCUCCCCAGCCUCUCAGGUGUCCAGGGCUGCAGGAUCCCAGCUGUGGACAGGGACUUGCUCCAGCAGAGACACGUCAGUGUGAGGGACAGCGGGUACAAGUCUCAGCUCUGCUCCGUGCUGAAGGAGUCAGAGCUGGCCUGGGCAGGCCGAGAGGACAAGAACUGCAGGAACUGCUGCACAGAGACCAGAGGAGCCUCUUUUCCCAUACCUGGGACGUUGUUUGGCAGCUAAAACCACCUCCAGGCUGCUCUCUAGAGCCUUGGUGGGAGCUGAGAAGGGGUUGGGGCGGGAUUUACCAAGACAUCUGUGCCAGGACCAGGAGGCACAUCCCAGAGUGAGGGCAGCACUGGCAGCCUGGGCAGCUCUCCUGGUGGGAACUGAUGGGGAUGCAGUGGCUUCCCUGUCCUUGACUCUGAUCUUCCCUCUCUGCUGGCCACGUUUGGAGCCAGCAGCUCCUCUAAGUCCUCACAGACACUGACACAGUGGUGCCUCUGGAAGCCUCUCUUCUAUGGCAGAGGGAGAGCAGAGCCUGUUCCUCCUCUCACAUGGUCCCCAGAGCUGCAGAGACUUGGGACAAGAGGGUCAUGAGGGUGAGAUUUGUGCUCCUCAUGUGGUCUGGGCGUUGUCUUUGCAUAUUUUCAGGUGGUUUUAACUUGUUUGAGGUUUUUUUACAAACUUUUGAACUUUGAAAUAAAAUGGAGGGAUAAGA